AUGUUCGCGGCAGCUGCAAAGAACUACACCAGGACGACGAGUAACAAUGUUCAAUCGCUAGCCGCUUCCUUCGGUGCUCCUAAUUUCUUCUGUGGUCUCGACAAGUUCUGCAAUGCUGGCCAACCAUGCUUGCCCAUUCAACCACCUGCUUGGUGUGCUGCGCUGGCUAUUCAGAACUAUAACAAUUAUAUGAACAGCCUCAAUACCGCUGUUACAUUUGCCUCGUCAAUUAUCUCUUUGAAAUUGGGAGAGGUUGUUGCAGAUGUAUAUCCAGAUCCUAAAGAUGACAUCACGCCUUUGAAGAACAUUGGGUCCAUGGUCAGCAGUGUCCUGGACGUAAUUUCGUUCACUGGUGCUGUUGCUUCAACUGUAACUGCUGUCAACGGAGGGCUGGGAUUUGCCUUGAGGCGUGCUACACCACCUACCCCACCAGAUAGGUUCGUUGCGUGGACCAAUCUCGGGCAAACAAUGAGCGAUGUCCUGAGCGAUUUCCAACGCUUCAUUUCAGAUUCCUUGGACAGAUCUCUCAACGCAGUGGUUGAUGAUCCGACGGACGGAAUCAAUGAACUUAUUAAGGGGGGUGGAUUUCUAGGUGUGAGCGAAAACUUCACACAAAGCGAUCUCCAGACUAUCGUCACUGAGUCAAUCACCCGCCAUGCAAUUGGCCUCGCCCUACAAGCGCAGAAUAUCUACAUAUCCCAUUCCCGCAAGUCUACAGGCUGCAAAGAGACAAUUUCAAGGCUGUGCGUAAACAAAGGAGAUGGCUCUUUCACAUCACGCAUUUUGACACAAGCGGGCAAGCGUGAGAACUCGUUGAACAAGGAUGAUCUCGCCGAGAUUUUGAUAUCAAAAUAUGGCUCUACUAAGGAGGAAAUUCUUAAAGGCCCAACUGACUGCUUUGUUGCGAACAAUGAGCAGCAGUUGGUCAACCCAUUUGAGAAGGGUUUUCCGACCGACCCGAAAGCGCCUUGCGUUUUCAACGUGCUCACAUGCAAUUUUGACACGCCUGGGGGGGGGGAAGGCGACGUCGAUAGGUGCCGCAAUCUAGGACUGGAUAUUUGA